AUGCCAGAAAACAAAGACCAGACUUCAGCUGAUGUUCAGCCAGAUAAAGCUGCAGUCAAGAUGACCAAGUUAGAAGUAUGCACAGAACCUAAAGAUGUCAAGAAAAGUGGGGACCAAGAAAAGCAUCCUAAAGUUUGUACACCAGAUGUCAAGCCAGAGAAGGCUGCCGUUAACACAAGAGUAGAAGUUCCGCAAAUCCCCACUGGAAGGCAAGUGAAUGUUGCUCAGAGUUACUCCACUCAACUCACCUCUGUUGCUUCGACAGCAUUGAAGCCUAGUCAAGCAGGGACAACAUCUGCAGAUACAUCUAAGCAAGACACUGUUAAACCAAGCGAAACAGAGAUUAAACUAGAGGUCUUGAAAACCAAACAGGAAAAACCCAAAGAGGUAAAGGAUAGCAACUUGCAAGAAGCGCAUGCUAAAGUUUCGACAAAAGAUGUGAAUGAUUCACCAAAGACCCUUGAUGAAGAGCCUAUUAAGAUGGAGAAAAUCCUCAAAGGGGCUGAAGAGUGCAUUUUAAAACCAGGUAAAGAGGCAACCAAGAAGGAGCAUGACAUCACUUAUGUAACAAAAGCAAAGGCCCCAGGGAUUGAUAUUGAUCAAACAAGUAUCCAGAGCCAAGAAGUUGCAGAAAACAAAAACCUGUCUUCAGCUGAUGCUCAGCCAGAAAAGACUGCAGUCCAGAUGACCAGAGUAGAAGUGGGCAAAGGAUUGGUCAAGGAACAUGGUGUCCAAAAAGAACAACAAACGAGUACACAGGCCACUAAACAGGAGCACAAAAUCAUGCCUGUUACGAUAGAAAAGUCAUCAAGGAUUGUUCAAGACCAAACAACUCGUCAUCUGGGCACAGAAUUUCCAGAAAACAAAGACCUUUCUUCAGAUGUUGUUCAGCCAGAAAAGACUGCAGUCAAGAUGACCAGGUUAGAAGUAUGCACAGGACCUGGGGUCCAAGAAGAGCAUCCUAUAGUUUGUACACCAGAUGUCAAGCCAGAGAAGGCUGCCAUUAAGACAAAAGAACAAGUUCCACAAAUCCCCACUGAAAGUCAAAAGAAUGUUGCCCAGAGGGACUCCACUCAACUCACAUCAGUUGCUUCUACGUCAGUGAAGCCAAUACAGGAGUGCAGAGACACUGCCCAGGCACAAGUGUCCUUGCUCUCUCAGUUGAGAGAAUCUGAAGCUGAGAAUAAAGAAGCUCUGGAGUGUGUGGAGGACCAGUGGAGUACCGCAGUUCAGGAUGCAGCUGCCGUCAUCCAGAGUAAAGAGGCCCAACUGCAGCUGGUCAGAGAUUACUGCGCACAGUGUGAAGCUGCCAAGACCACCCUGGAGAGACUGACAGCAGAACUGGAAGCUGUCAGGAUGUCCCCAGAGGAGAGCAUCCCAAAGGAAACGGAGCGACUACUCUCCUUACAGAGAAGCAUGGAGGAGAACAGAACAGUACUUGGGGAGUUGCUUUUGACCCAUACCAAGUUGUGCCCCCACCUCAGCUGGUCUGAGCGAGCAACCGCACAGACCGUGCAGAAGAGCCUGCAAGAGAAGUGGAGGGGCCUGGAAAGAGCUGUGGAGAGAAACCUGUAUCACACAAAGGUCCGUUUUCAAAACACCAGCAGCCUUCUGUCUGCGAUAUCAGGUCUUAAGAAACAUUUGGAGACAGUCGACAAAGACCUUGAAGCCAAGUCUCCUACGGUUACUCAGUGGAACUGCAAGAAGGCGAAGCAGCUGAUGGUGGCAAAUGCAGAGGUUAAAGCUGCUCAGCAGACACACCUUCAUCUGCAGCAGCUGUCAGAUGUGCUACUCCCCAGCACACAGAGUGAGAAGGAAACAACAGAAAUAAAGCAGGGGCUUCAGAGAGUCAAAGACCAAAUUCGCCAAACAGAGGAACUAAUUUCAUCUCAAACUCAGAACAGCAGCAACCCCAUCAUGGAGAAAAUACUCAUGGUGAUGAGGGAUGGCCUUUCCUGGGCGAAGCAGACAGAGAGUGACAUUGAAGGCAGGAGGAAGAGGGUGGCUCUCCUCCCUGAGAAUGUACACCGUCAGCUCAGAGAUCACAAGAAGAUGCAGUCCGAGGUCAUAACCAAACAGGGCCAACUGGAGCUGCUGGUGGAGGAGGUGGAGGAGCUCCUUCCACAGCUGGACCAGGCUGAGGAGGUGCCGAUGGUGCGCUCAUCUCUGGACUCCCUUCACAAACUAUCAGGGUCGACUACUGAGAAGCUAGCCAAGGCUGUGAGAGAGAUAGAGUCGGGACUGCAGACCAGAGAGAAGCUUUCGGAGCAGAUUGCUGAUCUAGAGUCCUGGGUUUUGGCUCAUCUCCAUAAAGAAGCCUCCAGGAGUCCGGACAGCGAGCUCAAGGGCCCGGCUGACACUGAGCGCAGAGUCCGUCAGAUCCAAGAGACUCUGGCUGAGGCUGAGAAGCAAGCCGCUGUCUGCGAAGCUCUUUUAAUGAAGAGUAAAGACAUUGCCCCUGAACUCAGCAUCAGCGAGAACUGUCAUCUUUAUGACAAGCUUACCAACCUCCAGGAGGACAUCAGAGCCAUCAGCAGCUAUGAGAAAGCCACCAAAAAGGAGCUUGACAAUCUCACCCAGAAUUUAGAUUCCAGCAAGAAACACGUUGUCAAAAUUGAAACAAGCCUGAGGCAGAUGUUAGUAGAUCUGAGUAGACACAGGUUCCCCAUCACAAGCGAGUCCCUUCAAGCCUUUGAGCGUUUCAAACACAUGAUUUUGGAGCACAAGUCCCAGGCUGACAUUCUGCAACCCUUGAUUCCCCAGGAAAAGUCAAAGGAACUGUACUCGGUCAUUUCUGAACUUCUCCGCAAAAUGGUCACCCUGGAAAUGAAAGCCAAAGGUCACGAAGCGUACCUGAACCAGAGGCAGUGUGUAGAGGACCUCAGGGAGAGCGUUCAGGAGCAAGUCAGUCACACCAAAGACGACAGCACGGCGCUGGAGGACAAGUACAAAGUCUGGCAGGCCCUCCUCAUCCAGCUUCCUCUAAUCAGGUACAUGUCUGAGGAGGCUGGAUCCAAACUCGAGAUGAUCUCCGCUGACAUCUACCCCUCACAGCUGAGCACAGAGCGGCAUAGACUGAAAAAAAACGAGGAGAGCCUUGACACCUUGGAAUUGACGCUCUACAACAACCUCAGCAUCAUGGAGUUGAACCUGCUGAAGGAGCUGGACCUGGACUCAGAGAAGGUGGCCAUUCAGGCCUUCCUCUUGAAGACCCAGCAGGAGCUCCAGACAAUCCCCUCAUCGGAGCCAAAUGAAACACUAAUUAACAACGAAUACCAAAGAGUCAUGUCUUUCAAAAAUACUGUACAGUCAAGAAUGAGAGCACUGGAGCUUUUCGAGCAGAAGAAACGAAACAGACAAGGGAGCGGAUUCCAAGAUGUGAUGGACUUGAAGAAAUCGGUCUUCAGCGAAUGCGACCACCAAAUGGCGAAUAUCACCCAGGCCAAAAAGUCCCUGAGCCGCUACACCUGUGCUGUAACACAGGCGGCUCAGUUCCUGCGGGACAUCGAGGUGUCUCUGCUGCCCCCACAGGGCUCUGCUGGUCUCUGCUCCGACAGACUGCCGGAGACCCAGCAGGCUCUGGCCUCGCUGCAGCAGCAGUUCCAGACCCAUGUGGAGCAGCUCCAGAAACAAGACGCCCUGCAUCCUUACCUGUGCCCCCAGAAGGUGGAGCAGCUCCAGGAGAACAUCCUGAGUCAGCUCCUGGUGAGGAUGUCCACUCUCCAGGCAAAGGGACACAUCCGACUGGAGUACCUCAGCAGUUGUGCAGAACAUUACAGAAAAUACACCAAGAGCCAAGAUGAAAUCCUCCAGAGUGUGAAGAGCGCAGAGAGCAGCCUCUCACAGUUCAUCUGUCAUAAAGUCACCUGUCUCGCUGACUGCACUGACCAGCAGACCAAGCUUGGAGUUCUGUCUGAGGAGGUGGAGUCUCUGCAGAGGCGUCUGGGGGAGCUGAACGAGUGGUGCCCAGAGCGGAGCUGUCGGGGGGGCAGGGAGUCCGCUGUGGCUUCUGUGUGGAAACGCGUAUCGAGACUACGCCGCUGCAUAAACGAGCUGACGACACGCAGCAAACAGAGGAUCGCAGAAUGGAGCGAAAUCACCAACAGUGUGGAGAAGACCUCCUCUCUGCUGGAGGAGGUGGAGGGGGAACAUCCUGAUGUGUCCCGGAUGAAGGCCUCCACCGAGGACCUUCAGGACCUACUGCAGUCCUGGGAGCAGUACCAGGACAGCCUGGACUGUGAACAUCGAGCACUGUCCGCUCUGGAGCUGCGCACCGCCAGGCUGCUGCGUGUCCCAGCCGACCUGGAGCAGGCCCCACCCACUCCGCUCUGUCAGCAGCUGCAGGCCAUGCAGGGUCGAUACAGCAGUGUGAAGCAGAAGAGCAAGGAGGGUCUGAAGGCAGCCAGGACGGAGCUGGAGGAGAGAGAGAAGCUUCGGGAGGAGAUGCAGGGCGUCCAGGUUUGGCUGGAGGCUGCAGACGGUCUUCUGUCAGAGAUGCAGCAGAGCAGGAGCACCGAGGAGCUUCAGGUGGGACACUCCUCUGAGAUGCUUUAA